AUGUUCUACUAUUCUCAAUGGCGUGCUCAAAACUGGUCAACCUAUGACUAUUCAGCUUCAGCUAUCUAUUGGUUCACCGGCUCAAUCGCAAUCACAAUCAAUAUUUUGCUUCUUUACCUAAUCAUUUUCAAAUCACCAAGUUCUCUCAAAUUAUACACAGUGUUUCUGAUCAAUGUUACGCUGGGUGAUUUGGUUUUUUCGAUUUCGACUACGAUGGCACAAAUUCGAAUUAUUCCCAAUAAAUGGGCUUUUGCUUAUGUUUCUUUGGGACCUGCGGGGAUUUUGGGAGGAGCUCAGGUGAGGUUUGGUUCAAAUACUAUAAAGUUCAUAAAUCAUGAACAUAUCAAAACUUCCGCUAAGUCACCUCCUGAUUAAUUCAAUUUCUAACCAAAAAAACGAGGAAAUGUGAUAAAUCAGAAGCAAAAAAACAAUUGAAAGUGCUCGAUAAUCCAAUAAAUUGUUCAUAGAACACAAUCGGAUUACUGUGGCUGGAAUUUUGAGCUGCGAACAAGGAAUUCAAAAUUUCAAUUUUUUACAGGGCGGUUAUUUUGCAUACUGUGUAAUGCUUCACUCAUUAUUCUACAUGUUUCUAUGUUUUCCAAUUUCUUUCGGUUUUCGAUAUUGGAUUCUAAUUCGACCACUUCCUUCAAUGGCUAAAUGUAUUCAAUUGUGUUUGGGAUUGUGGAUGAUUGCUUUGGUGCAACAUGUGAGUUAAGGGAACUUUCAAAAUUUAGUGCCUAAUCUGCCUGAUCAAUCUGGAAAUUUUCCAGCUAAUGUAUUGGUCUCUAGAUGCUCCUAAGAAGCCCCUAAUCUUCAGAUUUUCAAAUAUAUGUUUUCUCUGAACCGAAAAGCUUGAAAAAUCGUCUUUCAGAUCCUCUUCAUUUUCUCCGAAUCUCCCGAGCAAGAAAUCCGGGAUUAUUUGAAACUCAACAAACCCGCCUAUCAUUUGGACGAUUUUUUCGUCUCUGGAAAUCAUAUGAUAAAUUCGCCACUAACUUCAAUCACAUUGGCCACAAUUGUUCUUCCAAUGUUCCCGAUUUAUUGUCUAGUCAUCUACUUUUACAAAAAAGUUCAUUCGAAUCUAAUGGCGAAUGUUACGGUAAUUCUAAUUAGGCUAAUUAACAACACAAUGUGUUUUUUUAGAAAAUGAGCCCGGGAACAAUGAAAGGUCAUCGAAAACUGAUCGAAGUUCUCACAAUUCAAGCAUCUCUUCCACUUUUAUUCAUUUUUCCACCAAUAACUGUAUAUGGAUUAUAUCAUUUGGAAGUUAUUGAUUUUACGAUUGCAGAGUAUGCAGUCUACACAAUUUUCAGGUUUGAAUUUUGUUUUUUGAAGAACUUUGGUUUAUCAUAAUUUUAAGAACUUCCCAAAACUCUCCAACCUUUCAAUUCCAGUUUCAUGCCAUUAGUCUCUCCACUCAUCUCAAUUUUCUACAUCAAACCAUACAACGUGGCAUUCCGAAGAAUAUUCUUCAACAAACUUCCAGUCGUUCCACAAGUCACAAAAUGGCAGACAAGAUAUCAAGACGGCGGUGAAACACAAUAUUCAUCUUCGAGGCUUGAAUAG